AUGCAGACCAUGAGACCGUGCGCCCGCGCGGUCUGCGCCCACUGCGGCUGCAACGUCAGCCUGCUGGGGCUGGAUGGCCUGGGCAUCCUUCGCAGGAAGCAUGAGAGGCAGUGCCGAUCCGAUGCACAGCCAAGCAGGCGGUUGCCGUUGCUGCCGCGAGUCGACAUCUCCGUGGACGUGCGGAUCUUGUCCAGCGAGGACGUGGCGCGGAUGCUCUCGCUAACGCCAAACGAGCUCCGUGAGUUCAAGAGAAUUGACCCGGAGUUGGCCAAGGAGGUCAUGAGCGUGGCAGUGGUGGGGUGGCGCCCGGGAAUCGAUGCAGAAGCCACCCUGCGCCCGGCCAUGGCCAUGGGGCCUGGAGAUGGCGACAAGAUCAUGGUCCAGGCGCGGGCUCCGCGCAUCCCCGUCCCCGUCGUGCAGUCGGUGGAGUUGGCUUAG